AUGGUACUCUCUGUAGUUAAUGGGUAUAAAUCUGAUGGGCUUUCAGGAGGUGGUCACAUGACUAGUUUCCUGAAUAAUCAAAAAUAUCCUAUCAAAUUUCCUAUGGGCAAAACAGGAGCUAGUGUUGGACAACUUACAUUUGAAAUGCUUAAGCAUGAAGAAAAUAAUGCAGUGGCUGAAAUAAUAUGUUCAGACUGUGGAAAUGCAUAUGAAGUAGAUGAUACACUGGGAUAUGUUCUACAUGCAUCUGACCCUAUACCAGCAUCAACUUCAAAAUGGAUAGGAUCAAUUCAGAAGCCAUCUACAGAAAUAUGUGGGGGUUGCUCAGGUGAAAUGAUUGAGCAUGUAUCCUAUGCAGAGGUUCCAAAGAUUAUCAUCCUGGAGUACCCAUACUGUAAUACUGAAACUAGUCACAAGACAUUGUUACUCAUUGGAGGUCCAUGGGAAGGACUCAUACAUGCCAUGCGCAGCACUGGCCCACACCCACAAGUAAACUACAUUAUCUCUCUACUUGACGCAAACCCUGCUCUUUACCUCGACGAGCUCCAAGACCUUUUGGAAGAAAAUCAUGGUAUCAAAGUCUCCCUGUCCACACUUUCCCGCACCCUCCGUCACACAGCUUUGACUCACAAGCGUGUAGCACAUGCUGCUGUUGAACGGAACAAGCUAUUACGAGCAACAUGGCAGGCAGCGAACGGAGAAUUCCCAAUGGAGUAUUUUGUGUGGUUGGAUGAGGCAAGCAUGGAUGAUCGAACAAAUCAAUGA